AAUGCUUCUGGGACACAGCCAUACAGAACAGAAAAUGCACCACGGCCCAGUGAUUCCGGCCAUGAAAGCCUUCGACAACACAUAGAAAUAUGAAAAUAGAAUUCAACUAGCAGCCAGGCGUUGAAAACAGGGCUGGGCAAGGACGGAGUCUGGGUGGGGAGAAGUGCCUUCCCCAAACCUUUCCGGGGCCUGGGGCUGCUGGAGGGAGGAGGCGGGACCUAAAUUCCGGAGCAAGCGAGGGGACAACCGAGGCAGAGGCAAAGGCGGCACUUUCUUUCGGCUCAGCCCGGGCUGGCGGCGGCGGCGGCGUGGGCAGAGCCCGAAGCAUGCCAUUGCCCACGGGGGAGGCUUCCCUGCCGCUCUGGCUGGCGGCGCCGCGGAGAGGAGGGUGAGCGAGCGGCUCAAGCGGGCUCCCGGCUCCCUCUCUAAUCCGCAAAGCCGCCUUGAGCCGCCGGCCGGGCAUCGGCCAUGGAAGACGGCGCCCUCCCCGACCUCCGCGACGUGGAGCUCAAGCUGGGGCGCAAAGUCCCCGAGAGCCUGGCGCGCUCCUUGCGCGGGGAGAAGGACCAGGAGAAGGAGCCCCACGGCAAGGAGGCCGGGCCCGGGCCCGCCUCGCCCCCCUUCGCCGCCCGCCACUGCAGCUCCGCCACCGCCUUGGAGAGGCUCGAGAUGAAGCUCUACCUCCUCCGGCAAGAAAUGAUUGAUCUCCGAGCCACAGACGUCAAGCUCAUGCGGCAACUGCUGAUCAUCAAUGAAAGCAUUGAAUCCAUCAAGUGGAUGAUAGAGGAGAAAGGGGCUGUGGCCAGUCGGGGAAGCAGCCUGAGCGGCAGCCUCUGCAGUUUACUAGAGAGCCAAGAAACUUCACUCAGAGGAAGCUACAACAGUUUGCAGGACUGUAGUGAUGGAUUGGAUGGAAUAUCCGUGGGGAGUUACCUGGACACUUUGGCAGAUGAUCUCCCGGGCCAGCGUACUCCUUCAGACAUGGAUCAGUUCAGUGACUCUUCCCUAAUAGAUGACUCACAGUCCCUACAUAAACAUUCAAAGAUUGAGUCGGACGAGUACUACUGUUUUGGUUAAUAAAACGAAACUCUGGGGUGGGGGGACACAUGUGCACUUGUAUUUAUGUUUUUUCUAUGCUGCUAUUUGGUUUUAAGCAUUUAAAAGCACCUUUGUAAAAGAUAAUGUAUUUAAAGUCUGUUUUUUCGCUCUGUGUGCUCCUUCUCUCUUUGGACCCUUCCACACAGGAUUUGGAUUUAAGAAAUCAGGUUUGCUUCGGAGUGCCUACACAGGAACCCCUUGAACUUGUUCAAAGUUGCCUCAGAGUCUACAAAGCUGCAUUGAUUUUGAAUCAAACCAAAUCUAGGAUUAUUGUUUUUUAGCUUCUUUGGCAAAAAGUGUGGGUUGAAAACAGCUUAUCGGUGCUUGACUUAAAGCAGAACAAGCUGAGUCAUUGAAAGCCAGCAUUCACAUAGGAACACUGUCCUUUCCUUGCAGGAGGGGAGGCAUUUGUUUACCUUCAAGCCAAGCUCUUCAUUUGGCUUCCGCCUGCAAUUCCUGGAGUUUAACCCUGCCUUGGCAAGCACUCCGAAUGUUUUUUCUGCUUUACUGCUUAUACAGUGAUCAGCACAUUUAAUGGCAGGAUCCCAGAUUUCCAGUAAGUUUCUUUAACACAGUUUUCGGAUGAAUGUGGGUUGGAGGUCACAUCUGGGGUGAGUAUUUUCAAGGCACCCCGAUCUCAAGCCAGCUUCAAGCCAGAUUAUUGUGUCUGUGUGGAUUGGGCCUUUGUCUGUUUCUAUAUCUCUGUUUCUAGAUUCCCCUGCCAUCUUAAUUUAUUGCUGUUAGAAUUUUCUCCCCCUUUUAUAAUACCACUUUUGAUGAUUUUAAAAAUAAAACAAAAUGAGGAAAAUUAACUUUUAUCUUCAAGACGAAGUGUGGGAAUGAACUCCUAUUGAAUUCUAAAUUUGACUGACAAUAAAACAUUUUCGAUUA